GUGUAUUAGUAUUGCUGCCAAUAAAAGACGACAACAUGAUUAGCUUUCUGUUCAUUGUAAACCGCGCACUCAGCAGCAGCAGCCGCAAAAUGUCGCAAGGCCCACGUCCGCUUGUACUCUGCGGCCCCUCCGGUUCCGGAAAGAGCACGCUGCUCAAGCUAUUGUUUGCAGAGUUCCCAAACACAUUUGGAUUCAGCGUCUCCCACACCACGAGAAAACCGCGUGAGGGCGAGGAAGAUGGUGUUCACUAUUAUUUUGUGGAGAGAGCCGACAUGGAGGAGGCGAUCGCCAAUGACGAGUUCAUUGAGACGGCCGAGUUCACCGGGAAUCUAUACGGCACCAGCAAGGCGGCCGUACGCGAGAUUCAGAAGAAGGGACGCGUCUGCAUACUGGACAUUGAGCAGAAGGGAGUGGAGCAGAUUCGGAAAACCGAUCUCAAUCCCAUACUGAUCUUCAACAAUCCGCCAACCAUCCAAGAGCUGGAGCGUCGACUGCGACUACGUGGCUCCGAGACCGAGGAGACGUUGCGCAAGCGACUCAAUGCCGCCGAGGUGGAGAUCAGCUACGGCCUGACGCCGGGAAACUUCCACAAGAUCAUCAACAACGUGGACAUAGAGGCGGCCUACACAGAGUUUCGCGAUUUCGUUGUCCAUGAGUUGAAGCAGCAGGAGUACGAUGGCAUCAGCAUUAGCCUCAAUUAAUUCAAUAAUUGAUUUGACUUAUCCCUCGGGUGCAAAUGAUAUUACGGACAUUUACUCAUGGCAUUUCUACUUAAGCGUCCAAUCUUAUUUAUUAUCCUCAGUGACCCCACACUGCUUUGUUGUGCAAUUAGUUGUUGUAAUUUUAAGCUGAAAGUUGUUGCGGUACUUCACGCUCCGGCACUCGGAGCCAAUUAAAACGGAAUCAAUAAAGCAAACAGCCAGCUUUUGGUUUUGUAUUCACGAA